CAUUGGGCAAACCUGCACAGCCUAAUCAUACAUAAUCCAGCCUUUGCAAAGACUAAUGUUUAUUAAUUUUCCUUUUUUUGUUUUGUAGAACAGCAUGAUAUUAUCAAACUUGACAGGCUUCCAGAUGAGGCGUUAAUGUGAGCAUCAGCUGUCGAAGCAGGCCAUGCAAUUUGCCAACUUCAUUUCAUUGGGAAUACCUGCACAACCUAAUUAUACAUAAUCCUACUUUUGCAAGACAGUGUAUAAUUGGAAAAAAACAAUGGCAUUGCAGAACAGUGUUAUGUUAUAAUACUGUGCUCUUUCUAAUAAUUUAUUUAGCUACCAUAAAUAGUGUCAGUGCCACAAUUGCACGGCCUGUGUCAAAAAGCUAUCCUCUUAUAUGUUCCUCCUACAUUAUACUUGCGUGUAUUGUACCGUAACCACCAGCUGAGGUGCUUGUUAAUAUGUUAAAGUAUUGAUUGUAAGGAAUUCACUGGUACUCACACAAGACUAUUUCUUUUUAUAAGUGACCUCGUGUAGGAGGACGGGUGCAACUAGAAGAUGGAGCUUGUGGAUGUAAAAUAGUUGCCAGCCUGUCAAAACUGCGGCAGGAGAGAAUGAAGGAGAUCAACACGCGGAAUAAAGAGAGGGAGCGCAUGAGGGAGCGGGAGAAGGCAGCCCGGGAGAGGGAGUCCCGUUACAACAACGGUCACCUCUUCACCUCCCUCACAGUGUCGGGAACCACGCUAUGCUCUGCGUGCAACAAGAGCAUCACGGCCAAGGAGGCGCUCUGCUGUCCCACAUGCAAUGUGACUAUCCACAACCGCUGCAGGGACACGUUACCAAACUGUGCCAAAGUCAAACAGCGGCAGCAGAAGACAGCGCUCAUGCGGAACAACUCAUCCUUGCAAAAUGUCACACUGCGCACAAGAAAUCCAGUAAUGCGUGAGCGCCCGAGUUCUGCCAUCUACCCUUCCGAAAGCCUCCGACAUUCCCUUCUCGGAUCCCGCCGAGGACGCUCCAGCCUCAUGCUGUCCAAAAGUGUCUCCACCAACAACAUCGCAGGAAACCUGAAUGACGACUCGCCUCUGGGGCUACGUCGGAUCCUGUCCCAGUCCACAGACUCCCUCAACUUCAGGAACAGAGCCAUGUCGGUGGAGUCCCUCAAUGAUGACGGAGAUCUCUACUACACUUCCAUUCUGGAGGAGAUGGAGCUGGAGGGCGAGGACUUCAAGGCGGACUCGUGGAGCAUGGCCGUGGACACCGAUUACCUCCACGCACACUGCAAAAAUGUCAUCAAGAGGCAGGAUGUCAUUUAUGAGUUGAUCCAGACCGAGGUGCACCACAUGCGGACGCUACGCAUCAUGGAGCGCGUGUUCCGGCAGGGUCUGCUGGAGGAGCUGCAGCUGGACCCGAGCACCGUGCACGCCUUGUUCCCAUGCUUGGACCAGCUGAUCAGCAUACACUCGCACUUCCUGGUGCAACUUCUGCUGCGGCGGAACAGCAGCCUGCAACCCGAAUCACUCUGCAACUUCACCAUACAUCGCCUGGGGGACAUUCUGCUGGAACAGUUCUCAGGCCAGAGUGCGGACGACAUGCGGAAGACCUACGCCGAGUUCUGCAGUCGCCACUUGAAGGCGGUCAAGUUGUACAAGUCGCUGAUGGCCAGAGACAAGAGGUUCCAGUGCUUCAUCCGGCGUGUGAGUCGAGGACCGUGGCUGCGCUGCCAUGGUGUCCAAGAAUGCAUCUUGUUGGUGACUCAGCGCAUCUCCAAAUAUCCCGUCCUUAUUCAGCGUAUUUUGGACAACACCGUCGACGACGAGGAAGAAGCGUCGUCUAUUGCGCACGCUCUGUCCAUGGUCCGAGAUCUCCUCAAUUCAAUAGAUCAACAGAUGGAGGAAAUGGAGAAGUCGCAGCGGAUGCAGGAGAUCCACGCCAAGCUGGACCAGCGGGCCGAGGCCAGGGUGAGGGACGGCGGACUUUUCAGGCCCGCCGAGUUGCUUCGCCGUAGACUCGUCCAUGAAGGAAUGCUGUUUUGGAAAACACCAGGAUCCAGACUCAAAGACGUGCAGGUCCUCCUGAUGACAGACAUCCUGGUGUUUCUGCAGGAGAAAGACCAGAGGUACAUCUUUCCAUGCCUGGACAAGCCUCCCGUGCUUUCCCUGCAGAACCUCAUCGUGAGAGACAUAGCCAACCAAGAGCGAGGCAUGUUCCUCAUUAGCGAUUCGUCCCCUCCGGAGAUGUACGAGGUCCACGCUACCUCCAAAGACAACAAGAACCUGUGGAUACGGCAAAUCCAGCGCACUGUCAGCAAGUGGGGGAAUAGAGCACAACACAAGAUGUUUUUACCCUCACUUUGUUUAUUUAUACUUAUUUAUGUGAUGGCGGUGGUCAGGUGUCCAUCUCGGGAGGAGUUCCCGCUUAUAGAGACCGAGCACAAGGCCCAUCUGAGGAGACUGAAAGCUGACCUCCAUCAGAAGGACCGGGAGAUGUUGGAGCUCCUGCAGGAGAGGGUGACUCUCUUCUGUGAGCUGGCCCAGGUGACAAGCUACCAGGAGGACCUAGAGCCCCCCAUCACGCGGUACUUGUUCCGUGCAGACACACCGCAGGCCCCGCGGGCAGAGAAGUUUCUCCUGGAUGCCACGGCCGAAGUGGACCGACUAAGCGAGCUUCUACUGGGUUCCAGCGUGGACGUCCCUCUGCUGUGCCAUCACAACCACCAAGAACUGACGGAAAUCAGUGAGCAGGAUUUUGUUGUCAAUGGAGCGCAUGAGUUCCCUGCUGCAAGGGAGAUCUGUCAGAGGCUGAUGAAUCUCAGUGUUUAUCUCCAUGCACUCCAAGCGGCCGUCAUCAAACAAGACUCUAUCCUGGAGCUGCUGCUGCAACAAGAGGACGCGGCGUCGCCGGCCUCGGCGGGCUCGUGGCGCCAAAACCGCGAAGCCGGCACGGGGUCGACCAUCGGGGAGCUGGCCCUGUUGCAGAGACAGCACAGCCUGCUGCAGGAGGAGCUGCUGAGGCUGCGGGACACCGAGAGCCGCUUCAAGGACAGCGAGAGGGCCCGGGCCAAGCUGGAGAAGCAGGUUCGACACAUGAAAGUGUCUAGCGUGGCUUCCUCGCAGGAACAGGGGGACAUGGCCACGCAGCCCAGACCGGAAGAGUUGAGCGGUGCCAAUUGGGGCAACCAGGAAGCUCUCCACCAAUCAGAGGCUACUCAGGGAGGAAGCGAUGUGGAGGUGGACAUGACGUCGGAUGAUGAUGAUGAUGAGGAGCCCUCCGGAAGCUCCCGAGAUUUCCAAGACAUUCCAGAGGAGAACUGAUCUUCCGCACACACGCUUCCCAAACAGGUCUAACUCAAUAAUAGAAAGCCAUUAUUACGCCACAAUAUAUUUCUGUUCUCUCUUCCGAUUAUCCGUUUAUUUAUUAGUACUGUAGUGUUCCCGGGUAUGUUUGCUGCUUCUCGCUUUCAGGGUUUAAGGCUGAUUGUGAUGUGUCGUGUGCAUGAUUUAUUUCAACUGGACCAAAGGCUUAAAAGGGAACAUGUGAAUGAUAACACUUACUACGGCUGUACUUCUGAUCAAUAACAAUUUUUUAAUCAUGCAUAUUGUAAAGGAUUAAUUUCCAUAUAUUUACUAGUGCAUUUGAGCACCAAAAAGCAGGAAGCAAAAAAUUAAAAAUAACAUGAUGUAUUCUAAAAGCGACUAUAAGCGACGAUUAUUAGCUCAUUUUUAUGAAGCGGCAUUAUGAAGCGAACACCUACUAUAGUGUUGCACUUUCUCGCACAUAAACAAAAGGUCUGGCUAGUGCAUCAAUAACUCUCAAAUAGUCUAUCAGAAGUGUAUUUUUUGGUUGUUCUGCAUGUUUAUGAAAAUAUUUUACCUUCAUUUUAGUGCAAUAGACACCAUUUUUUUGAGCUUUGUUGUGUAUUUAUCUUGUUUCCAGACACUUGACAAUCUUAUCGAUCAAGGACUUUUCUGAUAUGAAUGUAUUUUCUGCUCUUGUUUUUCAAAAAGUUGCAAGGUAAAGUUUAUGGAUGCAAAUAAAUGGUGUAAGAAGACUGUAUUACAAUAUAUGGAAGGAGUAUGCUUACUUUUUGCCAUAUGGAUUGUAUACACAGAAAAUAAAAUGUCCUAUAAAAGCGUUCAUGUUGGUGUACAGUGGCUGUUUUAGCUUUAGGCCACGUGGCAAAUGCACGGGGAGGCAUUUUAAAGGAGCCU